GAAGAAAAUAUCGUCCAUCUCUAAUGACAACUUGCACUUUGUCGGCGUUUUGACUUUUCUUGCAUUGCAUUUCUAAUUAUUAUUCGUAAGUUAUGCGGCGGUAAAUCGUUUCGUUCGUUUCGUUUCGGCAUUCAUCAUAUUUCUUAAAUUUAUUGUAUAAUAGUUUAGUUAAAAUUCUCAAUCAUGUUGCUAGUUCAGAAAAUUCGUAGUUGCCGUCAACUGGGCCGCAUUUGUCAGUUCAGUUUACGUAUGAGACAGGCCAGCAAUUACUCAGUAGCAGCGCAUCAGUUGCAGUUGCACAAGCAGCCAGUGCGCCUUCUAAAUUCCAAUCAGCUAAGCAAAAUUGCAGCAUUUUCAGCCGUAAAUUACAGCUCGUCCAUUAAUUUGCCCCAACCGAGCGCAAUGGCCAGCAAAACUUCCCAUUUCGUAUUGCCAAACACGCAGCCGAUUGCCGAUUUGGAUUGCAAGAGCGCCUUUGAGAACUUGACCGAUAAGGAGAAGCUUUACGCUCAUUAUUUUAGCAAGGCAUCCUGGGAUGGUGGCCUAGUUGCCCUCAUACAAUCCAGUCCCGAGGCGCCACUCAUCUUUUCGCUGUUACAUCGCAUUUUCGUUGCCGAAAGCAUUGCCGAGCUGAAAACCAAAGCAUUGAGCGCAGGAGCAACUGAAGAUGAUUUUACGGCGUUCCUUGUGUAUGCAUGUGGCGUUUUCGCCAACGCUGGCAACUACAAGGGCAUGGGUGACAGCAAAAUCUUACCAAAUUUGGGAGAGGACAAAUUCGGGACAAUUGUGCGAUCUUCGAGCGCCUUUGCGGCUGAGCCGCGUGUCUCGAAGAUCUAUGAGAAAGUGAAGGAUCUGAUUUAUGCACUGGAAGCGCGUAAUGAGGUGCUCGGCUUUGCACCAAAUGGUAUUACCACCUACUGGUCGGAUAACUGCACAAAGGAGGAUUCGGAAGUGGUCAAUGCAUGGCUGACAUCGAAGCGCAUCGAGCCGUAUAUGUGUCGCACCUUCAAGGUGACGGAGGGCGGGAAGACAAUCUACGACAUUAAACUCGGAUCUGUUGAGGAGAGCAGCAAGGAGGGCAUCACGCUUGCCUUGGAAGAAUAUCAGGGCAACAGCUUUCGUGUUACCCGCGGCGACUAUCAGCCGCUGUUGAGGCGUGUAAACGAUAAUUUAAUCCAGGCAAAGAAAUAUGCUGCAAAUACUAAUGAGGAGAAAAUGAUUGGGCAUUAUGUUAAUUCAUUUGAGCAAGGCUCAUUGGACGAGCAUAAAGAUGGCUCCAGAUGGUGGAUCAAGGACAAGGGACCAGUUAUUGAGACUUACAUUGGCUUCAUUGAAACGUAUCGCGAUCCGGCUGGCGGACGCGCUGAAUUCGAGGGAUUUGUGGCCAUGGUUAACAAGGAGAGUUCGGCCAAAUUUUCUGAGCUGGUCAAUCGUGCCGAGAAACUGCUGGAGUACUUGCCCUGGACAGAGCCCUACGAGAAGGACUCGUAUCUCAAGCCAGACUUUACAUCGCUGGAUGUUCUAACUUUCGCUGGAAGCGGUGUUCCCGCUGGCAUUAAUAUACCCAACUAUGACGAGAUCCGUCAGGAUGAAGGAUUUAAGAACGUUUCGCUGGGUAAUGUGCUGGCCAACAUCAAUCGCAAGGAUCCCAUACCUUUUCUAUCAGACGCCGAUCAGGUACUAAUGAAAGAGUACAAAGUGAAGGCAUUCGAGGUGCAAGUCGGUUUACACGAACUGCUGGGCCAUGGCAGUGGUAAACUGUUCCGCAUCGAUGAGAACGGAACGCACAACUUUGAUGUGCAAACUGUGAAGAACCUCAUCACUGGCGACCCCAUCACCAAGUGGUAUUUGCCCGGAGAAACGUACGACACAAAAUUCGGAGCUAUUGGCUCAUCGUACGAGGAGUGCCGCGCAGAGGCGGUCGGUCUUUAUCUAUCCCUGCAUCAGGAUAUACUCGAGAUAUUUGGUUUCAAGGAUGCCGCCGAACAGGAUGAUAUCAUCUACAUCAACUGGCUGAGUCUCAUUUGGAACGGCAUGGGCGUUGCCCUCGAAAUGUACAAUCCCAAAUCGAAACUAUGGUUGCAGGCACAUUCCCGUGCCCGCUUUGUUAUCAUGAAAGUAUUGCUGGAGGCGGGUGAGGGAUUCGUUACCAUUGAGGAGACCGAGAACGGCAAGAAUCUCUUGUUAACCGUGGACCGUAGUAAAAUCCAAACAGUUGGCAAGAAAGCGUUGGGCGAGUUCCUAACCAAACUGCAGGUUUACAAAUCGACAGCGGACAUUGCAGCCGCUUCCAAAAUGUACGAACACUACUCGGAGGUGAACGAGACCGGAUCGCAUCCUUGGGCCAAGUGGCGUGAUAUAUGCUUGGCACACAAGAAGCCACGCAUUAUCCUGGUCCAGGCGAACACGAUCAUUAAUGGCAGCACCGUCGAUUUGAAGACAUACGAUGCGACCCAUGAGGGCUACAUUCAAUCGUGGGUGGAGCGUUAUCCGACCACUGAAAUUGAUGAUUUGCUGGAGCAGAUUGUUGAGAAAGACAAGAAAUACUUUCCGAUUGCAUAUUCAAAGUAAAACAGCUGUAAAUUUUCUACAUUCAUGUUGAUUCUGAAAAUAUAUAUAUUAAAGAUCAUUAAAUAUUUUUACUGCCAAA